UUGUGCCCGGCCACGGCGCUCGCUGACACCAUCAUGCCGCCUCGGACCCCUCUCCCUGCACUCUGCUACUUCCUUCUCCCCUGGGCGGUCACCAUCUUUCACCAAGCCCUGGGGGACUCGGCCCCCCAUCCGGGUCCCCACUACCUCCUGCCCCCCAUCCACGAGGUCAUUCACUCUCGUCGUGGGGCCACGGCCACACUACCCUGCGUCCUGGGCACCUCGCCUCCCAGCUACAAGGUACGCUGGAGCAAAGUGGAGCCCGGGGAGCUCCGGGAAACGCUAAUCCUCAUCACCAACGGACUGCACGCCCGGGGCUAUGGGCCGCUGGGAGGGCGCGCCAGCAUGCGGAGGGGGCAUCGGCUGGACGCCUCCCUGGUCAUCAAGAACGUGCGCCUGGAGGACGAGGGCCGGUACCGCUGCGAACUCAUCAAUGGCAUCGAGGACGAGAGCGUGGCGCUGACCCUGCGCCUGGAGGGUGUGGUGUUUCCGUACCAACCCAGCCGCGGCCGCUACCAGUUCAAUUACUUCGAGGCGAAGCGGGCGUGCGAGGAGCAGGACGGACGCCUAGCCACGUACGGCCAACUGUACCAGGCGUGGACCGAGGGGCUGGACUGGUGCAACGCGGGCUGGCUGCUCGAGGGCUCGGUGCGCUACCCUGUGCUCAACGCGCGCGCCCCGUGUGGCGGUCAAGGGCGGCCAGGCAUCCGCAGCUACGGGCCCCGUGAUCGCAGCCGCGACCGCUACGACGCCUUCUGCUUCACCUCGGCGCUGGCAGGCCAGGUGUUCUUCGUGCCCGGGCGGCUGACGCUGUCUGAAGCCCAUGCGGCUUGCCGGCGGCGCGGAGCUGUAGUAGCCAAGGUCGGGCACCUCUACGCCGCCUGGAAGUUCUCGGGGCUGGAUCGGUGCGACGGAGGCUGGCUGGCGGACGGCAGCGUUCGCUUCCCCAUCACCACGCCGCGGCCGCGCUGCGGGGGUCUCCCUGACCCCGGGGUGCGCAGCUUCGGCUUCCCCCGGCCCCAGCAGGCGGCCUACGGGACCUACUGCUACGCCGAGAAGUAGGAGCGCACUGACCUACCACGCGCGACAGAGUGGCGGGUCCCCUCUCGACAGACGAGGACUGAGCCCCACACCUGCCUUCCCAGCCCAGCUCAGCGCUCCGGGCUCCCGGGCAGAGGGGCGU